GCAAAGCAAAAGCAAGGGGAGCGGAUGCGUAGCAGGCAGCCCACUGUAGCUAAUAAUGAAUGGACCUCUUGGGCACCAGGCUGGCAAAGAAACCCAGCACCAGCUAAAUGAAUGGCACACCAACUCUGAACGAUGUCAAUGCAAAAGGAGAGCGCCGGUGUCGAAUGUGGGAGUGGUGGCCCAGCCGUUUAUCCAGCUCUGGCAACCUCGUUGCUCGCCCUGGACGCCCUCCUGCCCAGAUCCUCAACGGCGAUGGGUGUGGGACGGUGGUGGACCCCCGGGAGGCUAAAGAGAUGGAAGCUUCGGGAUACCCCUGGGUCUAAACGGCCAUUCCGCGUGGGAGCUCUGAAUACGGCAGUUGAUCGGCCAGACGCUCAUCAUCGACCGCGCCCCGGGUUCUUGGCUGGGCUUCGACUUGUUCCAACAGAUGCUUCGCGCCAAUUCCCCAUAUCGUCGGCGUCGCACGCGAGGUGGAGAGCUGCAAUUUACAAACCCGCUGCGCUCAUCAUCCAAGAAGACGUGCUCUUCGUCCACGUCCACGUUCUUUCGUGUCAAAGAGGGUUCAAUAAGGUACGCGCCGUCGCAAGUCCAGCGCGGAAUCCGGAAAACGUGGUGACCGGGGGUGGGAGAGAGUUGACUGCUGCGCUCGUCCCCCCCUCCUUGUCGCCUCGCGCGCUCACUUCCCUCGGCAGCCCUUCAAUCUCCGGGGGGAAGACGUGA